CUCUUAAUAUCACUUGUUCUUGUGAUCAUGGCUACAGCAGUCGUAGGUGGUGCGUUCCUCUCUGCCUUCCUUGAUGUUGUUUUUGACAGGCUGGCUUCACCUGAGGUUGUCAACUUUAUCCGUGGAAACAAGCUUCACAACAAGUUGCUUCAACAGUUGCAGACCAUUCUGAGAGUGGUUAGAGCUGUGCUUGAUGAUGCUGAGAAGAAACAAAUCACAGAGUCCAGUGUCAACGAAUGGCUCACUACUCUCAAAGAUCUUGUCUACCAGGCUGAUGACUUGCUCGAUCAUGUUUCUACCAAAGCUGCCACCCAAAAGAAGGUAAGAAACUUCUUUUCUCGUUUUUCCAAUAGGAAGAUAAUUACUAAGUUGGAAGACAUAGUUGUCAGAUUAGAGAAUGUUUUAAGACUCAAGGAGAGUCUAAAUCUGAAAGAGAUUGCAGUGGAGAACAGUGUACCAUGGAAAGUUCCAUCAACAUCUGUCGAAGAUGGAUCUCACAUAUAUGGUAGGGAUAAUGACAAGGAGGCCAUAAUCAAGUUGUUGGAGAAUAGUAGUGAUGGUGAAGAAGUGUCUGUCAUCCCUAUUGUGGGCAUGGGUGGAGUUGGAAAAACUACUUUGGCACAAUUGGUGUACAAUGACGACAGUUUGAAGGAUAUAUUUGAUUUUAAAGCAUGGGUUUGUGUUUCUGAAGAAUUUGAUAUUCUAAACGUCACAAAAAUUAUAUCUGAGGCAGUUACUGCACAACCUUGUAAAAUCAAUGAUCUAAACUUACUUCACCUUGAUUUGAUGGACAAACUGAAAGAUAAAAAGUUCUUGAUUGUUUUGGAUGAUGUUUGGAUUCAAGAUUAUGUUAAUUGGAGUCUUCUUAAGAAACCACUUCAACGUGGAAUUAAGGGAAGUAAAAUUCUUGUUACAACCCGCAAUGAAAGUGUAGCAACUGUAGUCCGUACUGUUCAAGCUUAUCAUCUAAAUCAAUUGUCGGAUGAGGAUUGCUGGUUAGUGUUUGCAAAGCAUGCAUGUUUUACUCCAGAGUCUAGUGAGAAUUCGAUGACUCUAGAAAAAAUUGGAAGGGACAUUGUUACAAAGUGUAAGGGAUUGCCUUUAGCAGUACAAUCACUUGGAGGUAUGUUGAGAAGAAAGCAUGACGCUAGGGAUUGGAAUGAUAUACUAAAUAGUGACAUUUGGGAACUUGAGUGUAACAUUAUUCCAGCACUGAGAAUUAGUUAUCAUUAUCUCCCUCCACAAUUAAAACGAUGUUUUGUUUAUUGUUCAUUGUAUCCUAAGGAUUAUGAAUUUCAGAAAAAUGAAUUAAUCUUAUUGUGGAUGGCUGAAGAUCUUUUAAAGCCAGGAAAAACAGGAAAAUCAUUAGAAGAAGUUGGUUGCGAGUAUUUUGAUUAUCUAGUUUCAAGAUCAUUUUUUCAACAUUCAAGAAAUGGGACAUGGAACAAUGAUUUUGUGAUGCAUGACCUUAUGCAUGACCUAGCAACAUCCCUUGGACGAGAAUUCUAUUUGAGAUCAGAAGAUAUGGGAAAAGAAACCAAGAUUGAUGUCAAGAUUCGUCAUUUGUCAUUUACCAAAUUCAGUCAUGCUGUCUUGGACAACUUUGAUGGAAUAAAAUUUUUGAGAACUUUCUUGUCUAUCAUCCAUUUUGAAGUUGCUCCAUUCUAUAAUGAGAAGGCACCAUGUAUUAUAAUGUCAAAACUUUUGUACUUGAGAGUUUUAUCAUUCCGUGACUUCCAAAGUUUGGAUGCUUUGCCUGAUUCAAUAGGUAAAUUGAUCCAUUUGCGUUAUUUAAAUCUGUCUGGUACAAGUGUUUCUUCACUACCGAAGUCGUUGUGUAAUUUAUACAAUCUAGAAACCUUGAAGUUGCAUAAUUGCACCAAGUUGACUAAGUUGCCCACUGGCAUGCAGAAUCUUGUAAACUUGCGUUAUCUUGAUAUAUAUGGUGUUCCUUUAAAAGAGAUGCCUAGAGGAAUGGGAAAAUUAAACCACUUACAACAAUUAGAUUUUUUUAUUGUGGGCAAGCAUAUAGAGAAUGGGAUCAAAGAAUUGGGAGGACUUUCAACCCUUCAUGGUUGGCUUAUGAUUAGAAAUUUGGAGAAUGUUACCUCAAGUGAUGAAGCAAUGGAGGCUAAGAUAAUGGAUAAGAAGUACGUUGACAAAUUAUCCUUGGAGUGGUCUGAAUCUAACGACAAUAGUAGCCAGUUCCAAAUUGAAACAGAUGUACUCUGCAAGUUACAACCUCACCAAGAGCUGAAAUCUCUAUCAAUAAGUGGUUAUCAAGGAACUAGAUUUCCGGAUUGGGUGGGAAAUUGUUUUUUCCAUAAUAUGACAUAUCUACAGUUAAAUGAUUGUGAGAACUGUUGUAUGCUUCCUUCACUUGGGCAAUUACCAUCUCUCAAAAGCCUCCAUAUUUCAAGAUUGAAUUCGGUGAAGACUAUUGAUUCAGGUUUUUACAAGAAUGGAAAUUCUUAUUUGCCAAAUCACCUGCCAGCAUUAGAAUCACUUAGAAUUGCUAACCUGCCUUGUUGGGAGAUGUGGUGUUCUUUUGAGUCGUGUGCUUUUCCUCUCCUUAAGGAUCUCAAUAUAUCUGAUUGCCCCAAACUAAGGGGAGAUUUGCCAAAUCACCUUCCUGCUCUGGAAUGCCUUCAGAUUUGUAAUUGCGAGCAGCUUGUGUCUACUCUUCCAAGGGCUCCCGUCCUGCGAAAUUUAGAGAUUGUUAAAAGCAAUAAAGUAGCCCUGGAUGUGUUUCCACCUUCGGUGGAAUUUAUAGAAAUAAAAGGAAGCCCAAUGGUGGAGUCCAUGAUGGAGGCCAUCACUGACGUCCAACCAACUUCUCUCCAUUAUUUAUCAUUAAGUGAUAGUUCCUCAGCCAUAUCAUUUCCAGGUGGUCGUUUACCUGCAUCGCUCAAGUCUCUGAGUAUCUAUCAUAUUAAGAAAUUAGGGUUCCCGUCCCAACAGAAGCACGAGUUGCUAGAAUCACUAACUGUAUACAACAGUUGUGACUCGCUCACAUCUCUUCCAUUGAUUACCUUUCCAAAUCUCAAAACACUCAUAAUCGAUGGGUGUGAAAAUAUGGAAUCUCUCUUGGUUUCAGUGUCAGAGUCACCUAAGAAUCUAAGUUAUUUUGUGAUUCGCCAUUGCCCUAACUUUGUUUCAUUCCCAAGAGAAGGAUUUCCUGCGCCCAAUUUGACUUCUUUCAGUGUUGGAUUUUGCGACAAGUUGAAGUCGUUGCCUACUCAGAUGAGUGCUCUUCUUCCAAAGUUAGAGCAUAUUUAUAUAAGCAACUGCCCGGAAAUUGAGUCGUUUCCUGAAGGGGGUAUGCCACCUAACUUGAGUAGGAUUUGGAUUUCCAAUUGUGAGAAACUAGUGAGCGGCCUAGCAUGGCCAUCGAUGGACAUGCUUACCGAUCUCAUCAUCGGUGGUCCGUGUGAUGGCAUAAAGUCCUUCCCAAAGGAGGGUUUGUUGCCUCUCUCCCUUACGUCUCUGUAUUUACAAAACUUGUCAAGUCUAGAGAUGUUGGACUGCAAGGGGCUUCUCCAUCUCACAUCCCUCCAAAAGUUACAAAUUGAAGAUUGUCAAAAGCUGGAGAAUAUGGCAGGUGAAAGGUUGCCUCUCUCUCUAAUAAAAUUACAAAUUAUUUCAUGUCCUUUGCUGCAAAAACGCGUGAAGCACCGUCAAAUUUGGCCUAAAAUUUCUCAUAUCCCUGGCAUUAAAGUUGACGAUAGAUGGAUUUAGUGACGAAGGAUGAUCACCAGUUUUUUUUCGACUCCUCAUAAUAAGAGUCAAGAUUUUGCUUAGUAUUAUAGUGAAUACCAGGAGACACAACUUCUAACCAGCUAGACAAACAUUAUACAAUUUUAUGGUAGCAAAAAAAAAGGAGACCGAAUCUCUUAUGUAUGGAAUGUGUCCAUCCCACUUCAAUUGAUAAAUGCAUUAAUGUAUUGAACAAUGUUUUCAUAGUUGAAUAUGUAGCAAUAACACAUCACUUAGUGUAAGGGGAAAAAAGAAGUGAAAGUGAAAAGAAAAAAAAAACAAUUUUAAGUUAUUUUUAUUGGUUUGAAAAGUUGACUGUACCAAAUCAUCUUAAUUUACAAAGAUAUUGUAGUAA